UUGAUGCAACGGGGACUAGUAGAAUCUCUCCAAGCUCCGGAACAAGCUGCAGGGAGUGCCCACUUUGAAGACGAGUCUCGGUACAUCCUGCAAGCGAUAAACCUCAAAGAUCCAAUACGAGAGCGGUUUAGUUUUUCAGCUGACAGGAAGGUUCUUCUUCAGGAGGCUUCUACAGUCCAACAGACCCUCCAAGACGAACCCCUCAUUCCAUCCUCACCCGGCGCUGCGGCACCAUCGAAACGCCCACUCUUCGUUCACCAGCAAGUAGAGCGUAACGGUCCUUAUGUCACCUUGCUUCUUGCGUGUGAAACGUGUCAUCGCUCUGAGUAUAAUUCUCUUCAUGGAUUGUUCACUCAUGCCAGGUCGCAUGGUCUCCAUUACAGGAACCAUGACGAGUGCAUUGAUCGCUGCGGAAGGGUCGUCACUGGAUCUGAGGCCCUCAUAUUACGUCGAGAAGGUAACGAAGUUACCGGCAGCGCAAUACCUGGUUUGAAAAGGAUGUUUUCAUCUGCCACCGGUUCAUUGGACACGUCAAAGACCCUGUCCCGCACUAUUGGACUUCAUUCGGAAUCCCCUUCCCUUGCUUCAUUUCUUGGAAAGACUCCGCGGAAACAGCAAAUUAACGUGUAUGAACCACCUGAUAUGGUUGACAUCAUUGGACUCGGGGAUGGAGAGCAUAAAUCUGCUGUGCACGACUUUGGGAUACCAUUCAUCGUCCUAGGGAAGCGCCGUCGAGAAGUGACCAAUGGUCCGGAAAAUAAUUUUGACUUCUUUGUGCCGGACCCUUCUCUUUCUGAAGGGCAACGAUAUGCGAACAUCAUGGGAGGUUCCAGCGCAAUAGCCAUAGAUGGCCUACGAUCGACAGACGCUUCUAGAUUCUAUAUUAAACGGCGUUUAGUGAUCGAGGAUUGGAGUCGCGUCAUUCCUCGAAAACAGCGUGCCGAUGCUGAUACACACAAAUGGAUGUUGAGGGUGGCCGCACCCUCAUAUAGUCCUCACAUAACAACAUUUGUGUCUCGAAUAUCGGUGCGGGGUGUCAGUGAAAUCGUGCCUAGCUGUUUAGAUUAUGGCGCAGUUCUUUGGACAGAAGAGCCUCACUUCUCUAUUUUGGGAACAAGCCAUGUCCCCUUUCUUGCCCGUAUCACCAUUGAAUGGACUGGCGGAUCCACGAGAAGUCUCGAGGUCGAUCAUUGGAUAAAUCUAGACAUAAGUGGUAGCACCACGACGAAGCUGGGCGAAGAGCAAAUUCUUGACGUCGAACUAGAUCGUCAUAUGCCAAUGAAACCCGCCAUUCUAGGCGCUUCUCUGUCUUGGAAUUUUCAGGCAUCAGACCCUCCAGAACAGUUAUCGGAUCGAGAAGCUCAUUCCUUCCUUCAAGCUGCUGCUCCAGUCUCUCCUUUCCCCGACUCCAAGGAGGGGGAGGUCGAUCCAGUAUCUUCACCCCAUCAGGCUUCUCGACCAUCUUCGGCAAUAAACCAGAGCCUUGAGUCUUUCGAAUCAGUGCUCAUUCCACUUCUCUCCCGCAUACCGCUUACUAAGGAAGAUGAAUCUUUCAGAGAUGCGUUGGCGUCACGCAUCCGACUCCCCGCCACUCGCAAGGCAUUCUUAUCUCUGAUUCCCGGCCGCAGGAAGGCUGUCGAGUGGAGGCAAGCUAUCAUGCUUCUUGAAUCGUUCAAAACUUAUGCCUUGAGUGACCCAGCACUCUCGAGAGAUGACGGAGUUGCUUCGGUAACCGCUGGUGCUCUUUACCGCUGGAUGCUGGGCCGCAAGGUGUUUCCGAGGGAUGAUAACGAGCGGCCGGAUUCACCUCAAGACACACCAGCGGAGACGGACUCUCAACCGAUGCCGAAGCUGUACUGUGCCUCCUGCGGCCUCGAUAGCUCCCAGCAUCUUAGGAUCAAACCCGAAGGCCGACCGGCCGACGUGGUUCCUAUCUGCGCAGAGGCAGCUUCCCACAUGAGGAUACCCCUGGUCGAUGUACGGCGUUGGAUGGCCUUAGCAAAACGGAACCUGGCUCCAGCCAUGCAGCGAUCUCACCGUCGUUCCGAGUCCGUGCUCGCAGCGUCCCCAGGGGACUAUGUAGCAAUCGCACACCCUCGGAUUGUAGAGUAUUUUCAUAGCGAAGCUUUCAUCCGGGGAAGGAUGCAAGGAUAUAGAUUGGGUUCAGUCCAGGAAGGGACAGGCGUAUUUCCGUUAGAAAGACUGGGAUCAUCGCCGGACGAGAUCGACCGCACGAUGGGGCCGAUUGCCCUGCUUGCUGUUGUAUUUCGGCUUUUCGUUCAAGAUUUGGUGAAGAAUGGAAUCAAUGUGGCACGAACAAUACGUGCACAUGCACGAUCCCGAAACAGUGUCGCGGCCACUGUCGACGACUCGACAGUUGGACCUGCUGAAACCCCACAGGUGCUGACACCUUUGCACAUCCUUAGUGUGUUGCGGGGUGAGUUUGAGAGCCCCCCGAGAUUCGGCGCCGCAGUGUGUCGCCUAGGUGUGGGUGAGGACGGGCUCGGAGAUAGUGGAUAGUUGCAAAGUUUAGGUCUUUGUGUACACCGAGGCAUUACACUCAAUGAGGAAAGUCAUUCCAUUUGUUCAGGAGUACCGGGCAUCGGGGCUGGAAAUUUGGACUGGGAUCGGUUGUGGUGCUGGCAUAUUAUCGCACAAGUAUGCAUUACAAGAUCAUUGUCACCGCUGGCCCUUCGCUGGAUGAAAGUACUCACGAGAUUGUUCAUGUGAAUUCUGAGACGAAGCUCCUUCUCGAUUCUGAACAUUUCAACGGGGAACUCACCGUGCGCGUGGCGAGAUUCGAUGGCCCUGCUCCCCAUGGGAAGGACCCAAUCCCCAAUCUGCAUACUUCGAGAAGGUUCCCGAUGCAACAUGGAGCAUUGAAGCUACUGG